UUGUUUACAUUACUGGCACACGGGUCAGGAGUGCGGUGAUGAAGGGGGGCGGUCGGGGAGGCCUAGUGGAGAGACUGUCUGAAAACACGUACACAUCUCGACUGGCUCUACAGCACAGGCUCUGUCUCCUCAAAAAAGUUUUGAACGCUCAGGCUCAGUAGUGCCACGCAGGAAGAGAGGCCCACCGAGUCAACUUUUUACAGCGACCUUGGAGAGAAAGGGAAAGUCAAAACAAAGACAACCGCCAUAACCAUCAGGAGAAGCUCUCAACGUCAAGAAGGAAUAGCUUAGCAACAGAGUUCCACUUCCUGAGGUGUAAAGGCUCAAGCUCCUGACACCAUGGAUAUGGACACACAGCCACAAGGACAGCAAGCAGCUGUGCCAGUGUUCCAACCCCAGAAACCACUGCAGCCAGAUAUGGGCCACAAUUCACUGGCUAACUUCCAGAUUGAGAAGAAGAUUGGUCGUGGGCAGUUCAGUGAGGUGUACCGGGCGAGGUACCUGCUAGACAACACAUCAGUGGCCCUGAAGAAAGUUCAAAUAUUCGACUUGAUGGAUGCCAAAGCUCGGCAAGAUUGCAUCAAAGAGAUAGAUCUCCUUAAGCAAUUGAACCACCCCAAUGUGAUAAAGUACCAUGCAUCUUUUAUUGAGGACAAUGAGCUAAACAUAGUCCUGGAGUUAGCGGAUGCUGGGGACCUCUCACGAAUGAUCAAGCACUUUAAGAAGCAGAGGAGGCUUAUCCCAGAGAGAACAGUGUGGAAGUACUUUGUCCAACUCUGCAGUGCGCUCGAACAUAUGCACUCCCGAAGAGUCAUGCACAGAGAUAUCAAGCCAGCCAAUGUAUUCAUCACAGCCACAGGAGUAGUGAAACUAGGAGACUUGGGACUGGGACGAUUCUUCAGCUCCAAAACAACCGCCGCUCAUUCGCUAGUGGGUACUCCUUACUACAUGUCACCGGAGAGGAUACAUGAAAACGGAUACAACUUCAAAUCUGACAUCUGGUCGCUAGGAUGCCUGCUCUACGAGAUGGCAGCCCUACAGAGCCCGUUCUAUGGGGAUAAGAUGAACCUUUACUCCCUUUGUAAGAAGAUAGAACAGUGUGACUACCCCCCUCUUCCCUCAGAUCACUACUCGGAGGAGCUGAGGAACUUGGUAGAUAUGUGCAUCAACCCCGACCCGGAGAAGAGGCCGGACAUCACCUAUGUGUACGACAUUGCCAAACACAUGCAGAACCUCACACAGGGCAGCUAAACCUAGAGUUACACACACUACAGCUUGCGGAACUCCUCCCAACCUCCCCCUCGCUUUUCAUGCUGGACUUGUACACAUCUAUCAGCUUUUAUACAAUAACUUACUUCAAAGUUUAGCUCCUUGCGAUAAAUAGUAUGUGUAACAGAUUUUUAUUUCUUAGGGGACGGUACAGUCUGUUACAUGACUGACACCCAAACCUUUUAUGCCCUCGGGUAAAGAUCAUAAAGAUUAAAAAAAAUUUUGUCAGAUGGACCUCCCAUUCCUUACACUUAUGCAGUAUGUUACAGCAUUGAAAAUCAGUGUGUUGUAACUCACUGAUAUGUUUGUUGCUGUGGCUUUAAAAUGCAUGUCCUCUGUAUUUUUGUGUGGAGAACUGAAGCCAUUUUUCAGCAGCUGCUAGUAGUAGGUGCUGUUUAAAGCAGAUAUACUGGAAAACUGUAAAAUUAGCAAAAAAGAUUAUAAUUGUAGGUGUUAUCGUCUAGCCAUAAAACAGUAAAGCCACUCUCAAAUAUUGUUAAAAAUUACCUAGUAGGCUUUUGAUGUGUCUCAUGUCACCUAUGGCCAGCUAAAGGCACAAAAAGACCAUGAAAACUUUGAAAACAAUGGUAACAUUGGAGUGAAGAGAUUUUCACUCAAUGGCAGAGACUUAACAGAGUGUUAUUGAUGGUUGAAGUGUUGUUGUGUCGCACUUUUUAUCCUGGUAACAGAAGGCUGGCAGGGUGAUCAUGUCUUAUGAAUGUAUUAGGAAAGGAAGGAUCAUCUAGAGGUUAGACUAGAGAUGUGCUGGGGGGGAGAACAUGGGCAAAUGUCUCCACAACACUUUGAAUGUAAGUCAUUUUGACACGUAUGUAUUGUCUUUGAAAAAUUCAGAAUGUCUCUUUUUUUUGACAGCCUAGAAGGAGUGGUAGAAGCAGUAACAAAAGCAGUUUUACAUCUGAUGUUUACCUUAGUCACUGACACCAAAAUAUCCCCCUUGGUUCAGUUCAAGCAAGAUGUACUGUUAUCAAAUAGUGUGCGGUUUUUUAGGGCUGUAAAAUCACAAUGAAGACGUUAAAAAAAAAAAAAAAAAA